AUGGGGCUUGAUAAUGACACCCGGGGAUGGGUUAUGAGCUGUGUCAGUGGCGUCGCCUGCGUACUGGGGUCGACCAUCAUAUGCGUGGACAUCGUUGCUCGAAAUUGGUUUGGGAAGAGGAAUUUUCAGAUCUCGGAUAGCGAUGUAUUUCUCUCAUCGUCUAUGAGCUUGAGUGCAGGUGUUCUGUUAUUCACUUCGCUCUUCAGCAUGUUACCGACGUCAAAAGAGUACCUUAUCCGCGCGGGCUAUUCCUCCGGCAUGGCUGCAUUCAUGUUAAUAGGGCUGUUUCUCCUCGGGGUUAUUGUGAUCAAAAUCGUGUCUGGCUGGAUUCACAGCCAUAUACCUUCUCAUGUGGUUGCCUGUGCCCACACUCAUGAAGAAGAUGGAAAAAUUGACGACGUCCCUAGACCAGCAAAUGGAACCUCUGUUAUCCCUGACGAACCUGCCACAGAGCGUACGCCACUGAUAACAGCAUCCGAGAACACAAGUUCGGCGACUACCCCUGCUCAUCAGCCAGUGCCACAUGCUGAACCUACAAAGCCCCAUGCAUCUUUUAUCAGAUCUAUCUUGUCGGGCCCAAUUAGUGGCUUAGUUGGUGUUCGGAAAGCUGCAUGCGACAAUACUGGUCCCUGCUACGGUUUUUCUCAAGCUUGUGGCCAAGAGUGUAUGACAAUCACGCAACACAGGGAUCAAGAGGCUGCUGGGGUUCCUGGCCGGCCUGACGCUCUCCGCUAUCGCAGUUCCUCUGGGCCCCUACCCCUAGAGAACUCUCGAAUGCCGGAAAUAGUUGCCGAAUCAGUCGCUAUGCAGCCAGAUGUUGACAAAGGCGUAGUCGACGAAGCACGUAGUAUUCACUCAUCUCAUACAACCGAUAUGAUGAGCGGCGAACCGCUUCAACAUUCUCCCGGCCAUGACGAUGUUCUUGGAACUGACCAAAGAACCCCGGCUCUCGGCUCCACGACAGCAUAUUCGCCUUUGCCCCCUCCUUCAAAAGAACAUCAUCACCAUGUUCCCCAAAAUGCCUUUUUAUCCAUUGGGCUGCAGACCUCACUUGCCAUAGCACUACACAAACUCCCUGAAGGUUUUAUCACAUAUGCAACCAACCACACAAACCCUACACUCGGCUGGUCAGUUUUUAUCGCGCUUUUUAUUCACAACAUUACUGAAGGAUUUGCGAUGGCGUUGCCACUCUAUCUCGCCCUAAAAUCAAGAUUAAAGGCCGUGGUUUGGUCUAGCCUCUUAGGUGGCGUAAGCCAGCCGGCUGGCGCUGGACUAGCUGCGCUGUGGGUUUGGGGCGCACGGAGAGCGAACGGACCCGUGCCAGGAGACAUAGAAGACCCGAAUGGUGCAUCUUGGGCAGUCUAUGGGGGUAUGUUUGCCGCGACUGCCGGUGUAAUGACGAACGUUUCUCUGCAAUUAUUUUCCGAGGGGUUGGUACUAUCACACAAUCAAAAUUUGUGCAUUGGGUUUGCGAUUGCUGGAAUGGGAAUUCUCGGCCUUAGUUUUGCAUUGACGGCUUGA